AUGGAACUUGAAAAUCCACCAUCACUUCCACAUGCUCAUCAACAAAUUCGUUUAGGUGAUAUUCAAGCAUCUAUGCAUAAAUGGUCAAAAGCAAUUGAAUAUUAUUUACGUGGAAUAGAAUAUUUUAAAACAAUUCAAAAUACUCUCAAUGAUGAUAAUUUGAAAUCAAUUAUAGAAGCACAAAUAAUACAAUGUGAAAAAGCAAUUAAUUUAUAUCAUUUAAAAGAUCAAUCAGAACAGGUUAAUAUCUAA